ACUCGCCCAUCAAUGAACGCAACAAGGCACAAGCUAAUCAAUCCUAUUCAAUCUCUUCAAGGCACCAUACACAAAUCGAGAACACCAAACCAAGAAAAAGUUAUUGCCAUUUGAAUAAUAAUUUAAUGGCAUCAACUUCAUCAUUGUACGAAGUGUUGGGGAUCCCAGUGAAUGCAAGUGGCCAUGAGAUUAAGGCAGCUUACAGGAAACUAGCAAGAACUUGGCAUCCUGAUGUUGUGUCCGUAAAUCAGAAGGAUAUGUCAGCGAACGAGUUCAUGAAAAUCCAUGCGGCUUAUUCGACCUUGUCCGACCCUGAUAAGCGCGCUAAUUAUGACAAGGAUCUUCAUAGGCAUCGCCAGCGGCCAUUUAGGUUCUCUUCUCUCAAUUCUGCAACAAUGGCAGCUGCUUCUGGUUAUGGUUAUUCUGGUAGAAAUUGGGAGACUGACCAGUGCUGGUAGUAAUUUUUCUUUUUUAGAUUUCUUCAUUUUUUUCUCGUCGAAAUGUAUUUAGCUGAAAAGGGUUGUCGAUUCUGAUGCUCUGUUUUACAUAUUCUCUGCACUAGAUUAAAAAAGAGUAGAAGACGAGAAAUGACAUCUGUAUGAACGUGGAUUCUGCAUAAUGUAAUAAAUCUUUUUUUUCCUUC